AUGCCCCGGAAGGCCACUGGCAAGCACAUGAAGAAGACCGGCAAGGACGAGAGAUCCCUCCAACAUCAGGAGGAGAUUUCCGAGCGCCAGAACGUUCCUGCCAUCGAGGACCGGCCUCUGGAGAAGGCCAAGGAAGCGCUACCACGCUCCCAGGCCACUUCGAAGCCUCCCCCCACCACUGCGGCACCCCCUAAGCCUGCCAGCAACACCUCGGCACCUGCUGCCCCUGCUGCAACCGCACCCGCCGCUCCUCGCAAUGCCGCGAAGCCUCGCCUGCGCUCGAGCUCGGGCACUCGAGUGAAUCUCGCGGCAUUCGAGCUUGACAGUGAUCCAUGGGCACGAGAAACUGUGGCCCUACUGAAGAAACAGGAAGACGAGGAGUACCAGAACUUCGAGGCCUGGCUAGCUCGUAAGCGUGCCACACAGCGUGCUGCAAUCCACGCGGCACAUGCAAGCACGAGCUCGGCACAAACACCGACUGCGAGCCCCAACCAUUUGGAGCAGCAGGCGGUGACAGCCAUUGGAGAUUGGCUGCUUAACAAAGCCAAGGAGGCAGCACCAGUUCCCGCUGCCCUUCCCGAACCAGCAACCAUCAUGCCAGUCAACACAGACGACACCUCGUCUAUUUCACAUGCCGACACGUCAGUUGACGAGGCCAUGGACACCACGGCGACCUCGCGUAAGCGGGGACGCGAGGAAGACGCAGCGGAGGGCCCGCGGAAGCAAGCGAACCCACACGCAACAGCGGCAAUCACAACAACAGCUGCUGCAGCACCUGCUCCCUCCCCCCCCAUGCGGGACGACGCGGCGAGCUCGACAGCAACUCCCGCAGUCCUCCUCGCGCAGGCGGCCUCCGCCGACAAUGUGGCAGCGCCCCCUGCGGCUCCCGCAGGAACGAGGAAGGUAAACAAGCGGAAGGCACGUCCCAAGCGACGGCGGCGGCCGCGCGAGCUCGUGUAUUCUGCUGCUGAGCCCCGGACAGCUCCGAGGCAACUCAACACCAUGGUCGCCGUGCCGCGCCCGUGCCCAAGCCCCCCGCCAGCCGCGGACGACUUCGUCACCGUCGUCUCCAAGGCAGCGCAGCGGAGAGCAAGGGCACUUGAGGCCGCAGCUGUCGCGACCGACCCUGCUGUUGUAGGGACGGUCUUGUAUCGUCCCUCGGUCCCUGGUGGUUCGUUCAUCAGAUCGCCGCGCCUGACACUCGCGUCGGCGCUCGCCAAGCGGCCCGGUGUGUUGGCGGUGCGAGUCAACCACAGUCGAAACAUCGUGGCCGCGGACGCGUCGACACCGGCGUGUUUGUCAGAGCUCCUUACCAUCAGGGAGCUCGGCGGCGUUCCCGUCACUGCCAGGGAGCCUACGGAUCGUCGCGCCAGCACCGGCUACGUGUACGGCGUGGACGGCGACUUUACGAACGCCGAGCUGCUCGCUGGCAUCACCUCGGCUGUUCCCGUGCUGUCGGCGACGAGGGAGGGAUCGACGGUGAAGUUACGCUUCGCCGAGCCGCUCCCACCGGAACUGGUCGUGCUUCAUGGACUGCGGUUACGCGUGCGGCACGUUCGCCCGCGACCAAGCCAGUGCCAGAAGUGCGGCCGCUUCAGACACGUCGCCGAGGCUUGCACGCGCAUCGGAGACUGCCUUCGCUGCGGCCGCCGCCACCCGGAGGUCGACAGCUGCAAGCCCCGCUGCAUCAACUGCGGUGGAGCCCAUGCAGCUAACAAUCCCACCUGUCCCCGCUGGCAGGAGGAGAGACGAGUGGCCACGCUGCUGGCUACUUCAUCUACGCCACUCUCGAGACGGGCGGUAACGGCGGCAGUACGCGAGGAGACCCGUGAGGUGCGCUCUUACGCUGCUGCCGUCAAAACCUCCCUGCUCGAGAAUACCACCACGGACCGCAGCCUGCAGCGCCCUACUCCUGCGCCGCGCCGUUCCCGCCUGCCAGCAGCGACCUCCGCCACGGGGGCCGAGCCUGCUGACCCACCUACCACGCCUGCAGAGGAUCCCAGGGACGCCCUCAUCGCGUCCCUACUGGCCACUCUGCAGGCAGUGGCACGAGAUCUCCCCGAGGAGCACCCACUGCGAGCCACCUGCCUUCAGGCGAUAGGCGCGCGGCCCGAUGCUUCCGGGGGCGAGUAG